AUGUCACCAUUCUCAACCGCAUUCCAUGGCACCCACAAAUCUGCAUCCCUCCCCAAAGCCCUAUCCCAAUCCCCCACCACCACGGUUCCCAAAUUCGCUUCCCACGCCUUCCUCAACAUCUCCGAAAAAUCCGAAUCAUCUGAAACCAAAAACAGCCAAUCAAUCCCUCUACUCAUCGAAUGCACCAUCUGCCUCUUCAACGCCCAAUCCGCCGCCUGCGACUUAUCUUGCACUAUCUUAACAAACACCCCUGCCCGCCGCAGCUCCGCCGCCAGCCUAUACCCCACCUUCGGAACCAGCAGCGUCGUCGCCGCGGGACCUCCUCCUCCGGAACAGAUGGUGAGAGGACCUCCAGCUCCGCCUCGCCCUGGUAUGCCUGCGCCUCCUCCACCUCGCCCCAGCAUGCCGCCACCACCUGGCAGCGGUGUUCUGGUGUUUGGUCCUCCUCGACCUGGCAUGCCACCUCCCCCAAACCCUCCAAACCAGCAACAACAGUAA